CUGCCCUGCCUCCCUUUCUUUCCCCUCCCUGGAGUGAUUCAAGCCGAGCGCUACCCACUUCCGCCCCCUCCGCCUGCCAUUGGAACUGGCUGAGCCGAACUAGUGGCGGCCACCGAGCAGCCGGCGUUCCACACCGCCUCCUCCUCCUCGUCGUCGCCUGUUCUAUCAGCCUUUCCUCUUCUCUUCUGGGCGACGCCUCUCCGAGGCCUCGUGACCGCUGAGCCUGCAACCCGCGCCGCGGCCGACAUGAGCUUUUUGUUUGGUAGUCGCUCUUCUAAAACUUUUAAACCAAAGAAGAACAUUCCGGAGGGUUCUCACCAGUAUGAGCUCUUAAAACAUGCAGAAGCCACACUUGGCAGUGGCAACCUCCGGAUGGCUGUCAUGCUUCCUGAGGGGGAAGAUCUAAAUGAAUGGGUUGCAGUUAACACUGUGGAUUUCUUCAAUCAGAUCAACAUGCUUUAUGGAACCAUCACAGACUUCUGUACAGAAGAGAGUUGUCCAGUGAUGUCAGCUGGCCCAAAAUAUGAGUAUCAUUGGGCAGAUGGAACGAACAUCAAGAAACCUAUUAAGUGCUCUGCACCAAAGUAUAUUGAUUACUUGAUGACCUGGGUUCAGGACCAGUUGGAUGAUGAGACAUUAUUUCCAUCAAAAAUUGGUGUCCCGUUCCCAAAGAAUUUCAUGUCUGUGGCAAAAACUAUACUCAAACGCCUCUUUAGGGUUUAUGCUCACAUUUAUCAUCAGCAUUUUGACCCUGUGAUCCAACUUCAGGAGGAAGCACAUCUAAAUACAUCUUUCAAGCACUUUAUUUUUUUUGUCCAGGAAUUCAACCUUAUUGAUAGAAGAGAACUUGCACCACUCCAAGAACUGAUUGAAAAACUCACUUCAAAGGACAGAUAAAAGGAUGCAGAGCUGUGCAAAUUGUUCCUCAAGUGAAGUAGUGUGGAGUGUGUUGGGGUUUUUGUUAUAUUUUGUUUUUAUCUGGAUUAUUUUUGUCCUAGGUUUGGGGGGACUUGUUUGGGUUCCUUUUUCUUUAUUCUGAUUAUAUAAAACCAUAUUCUAUUGCUAGGGGAAGCCAAGAACCAUUCUCUAUACAUUUGAUAAGAGUAAAUUUAUCUUAGUGUUUUUAAACAUGGUUUUGGUUACUUGAGGAGUUUUUAAAUAAUAUUGUGUGCUGCAAGAAAGUGCUGAUUGAUUGAACUGCUGAUGGAUUGGUUUCUGCGUGGUAUAAAUUGUGGCCCAUUUUUGAAGUCCCCAAAAGACUUACGUUUUUAAGUGCCUUGGCAGUCUCACUUCUGAGGUGCAAAGCAUAGAUAUAGAACUGAACAGGGCUUAAAACAAUAUUAGGAUUACUACCCAGGGCACUUACUGGUGCAUGUUGUAAAAUAUCUGUGAUAAAAGCCAUAGUUUACCUAAAAUGGUGAUCUCCAGCCUUUACUGCUUUGAAGAAACAGAAUUUGUAAAGGUGUGCAUGUAGAACAUAAAAAAUAUUUCUUAAUUAUUUUUGAUAUUGACGGUAAUAUGUUAUGUUCAACAAUGCUUAAAGCUCUACAAGCAGGUCUUUUCCCACCUCUUGUUAUCUGUGAUAUUGAAACUUCAGGAUAAUGAAAUGUAUUACAUUUUGGCUUCUUUCUACACGUUAACUGCACUGUAGUUGUAAAAAUUCAGGUUAUAUAUAGGAUUGCCAUCUUCAGAGGUGAUGCUGAACUGUGAGGUUUCCUAGCAAUUGCCAAAUGAGCCAUAAGUCUGCACAAUUCCCAUCUGCCUUGAAGAGGAGGGAUAGGAAUGUGUAUUUGGCUGGGGGUAUGGAGAUAUUACUCUGUAUGGGGAGUUAAGUUCUAGAAAGUUUUGUCCGAAAACCUUUGAAUAGAGUGGCAUGAAGAUUUUAAUCAAUUACUUAUAAACAAAGUCUUAGAGACUUCCUUUUAGGAAUCAACUUCCAUGAGAAGUUAAAAAUAAAUUAUUGUUUUAGGUACAGACAUUAAACAUGGAAUUUAAGGACUGUUUGGGGAAAUUGAUCAUUUCUUAGCAUUUCCAUUCAGUGAAUGGAGCUGGUGUUUCCCUGUCAUUUUAAGAUGAUACUGUAUCUUCUUUCCUUAUUAUAGGCCCAGUUUGAAGCAUUCUGACUUCUGUUUUUUCCACUGUGAAAGGAAAUGUUUUUCUUUGCAGUGGUAUCAGAUAAUGAAAAAUGCUAAUUCAGUAGUUAUUAACUUUUAAAUUUUAUUUGCCAUGACCUUCUAGUGAAUUAUUACCAUAAAUAACAAGUUCAGAACUUAGUUUUUAGAAUAUUUUUUUCCACUUCAGUUUUAUUCUUGAGAAAUACCCUUUUCAGAAAUCCAAUUUUAGUGUUGUCAUUUCCAAUAAAUCUUCUUUCUUCAGUAGAAAUAUAUACCCUUUCUUCAGUAGAAACAUAGACCUUUUUCCUUCUAGGAAGAAAUGCUUGCUCUGAAAUAGUAUAGAGUAAAAACACUUAGUAGAGAAUCUAAAAUUAAAUCAGUUUGCUUUGCCAUUAACAAGUAGAGCAGACAAUUUAAUGCCAUUAUAAUUAUGUUGACUAGGAACUGCCUUUUUCUCCACUUCAUUUCUAGCAAUUAUUUACCAAGUACGAAUAGUAGAAAUAACAGGAGAGCAUGGCAGAGUUAGAUAUAUUAGACAUUUAUUGGUAAAGCUUAUUUAUAAACUGCAGUGAGAGCUAGUUAAUUUCCUCAAGACAGAUCUUUUUGUAUUCAGAUAGAUAAUAUGAAUCAUUAUGGGUUGAUUCAGAAAUAAAAUUUGUGAGGUGAUUUUGAGUAUUGUCUAUAUAGGAAAAUGAAGCACAGAAUUACUCGGUCUUCCAUAUUGUAUUUGACUUCAUAUCAGUCUAGUAACAAAGGAGUUGCAGUAGUCAAGUGUAGAGAGAACAGUGAAAAAUUAAUCUUGCCCUUUCAAGCCUUAUACAGUAGUACACUGUAAAAAUGGAAAAAUGUCUCCAUAAAUUAAUUUUAGUAGUAAGACCUACUCUCCUCUAUAUGUAGAAAGAAGUUUGUUUUCACUGUGCCAGAAUCUCAGGUGCCUGCUUCAGAGUAUUUCUUUAAUCACAGUCAUUGGGAAGUAAAGAGAUGUGUAUAUGUG